AUGAAGACCUUCCUCCAGUAUGAUGGGACAGAGGCUGUAGAGGGACAGUGGGGGAGGAAGAGGAGCAGCAUGGCUCUGAGGAAGAACGCUAACUGGAUACCAUACAUUCAGGUCUGGAGAGAGAGGGCUUGUCCCUGUCUCUGUCGUGAUCUCUCUCCUGUGCAUCCUUGUCCUGCAUAGUACUUGAUUGUAUAACACUUGAAGUGUUAACCAGUUCGUUCAGAGAUGAUUGAAGAAAAGGUGUCAGGAAUGUUGAUAUAUGAGGGAUGGCAAUUAAGCUAGCCCUCUAUCCCGAGGCUCAUACUUUUCAGACCGGGCUAGUGAAACUUUCCAAGUAUGGCAUGGCACAGAUUUUGGACCUAGCCUAAUAAAAAUUGCAGCCUACUAGCCCAGCUGACCAGUGCCCAAAAUCCUCAAGUUCCAUCCCUAAUGUUUAUUUUCUGACUAAACACUAAUAAAACAGGUGAAGCCCAAACGGGAUCCCUGGCAACAGAAACUUGUCACCAAGCUGAAGGAACUCCAGUCUUAUGAUGAGUUGCUGAGGACUCACUGCAGGUUCCUCCAGGUAAUCAGUCUAACACCUAAAAAGGGAUUUCUCUUUUGAAAUCUAAAUUCCCUAUUAGCUUUCAUCUCUAUAGCUUGUAUCAUGCAUCAAAGUAUGGGCUUCCUACAAUUACUUUCAAUCAUGUGUUCUUUUUCAUACGCACAGUGACACCUCUCUCUCUCUCGCUUCUCCCCCCCCCCCACACACACUCUCUCCCUCUCUCCCUCCCCAGCUGUCAGAUCCUGUCAUAGUGACUGAGGCCCUGAGGGAGCAUGCUUCCCAGGUCUGUGACCCUCAGGCCAUCCAGCCCUCAUCAUCACUGACAUCAUCACACACCAACAGACACAACACCUUGCAGAUCUGGACCAGCAUUUACAGCGCUGCCAAUCUUUCUCAGGCAUGUAUUACCUAGUCAGAGAUUAUGUGUGCUACAAAGACAACAUGCUUUUUCAUCAUGUAAAAUGGAUUGUGUCUGGGUUCAUUAUAACCACAAUGAGCAUUUUUCCCUGUUAGGAAUCCAAUGGAUGUGGAGGACAGGAUAAAAGCAACACAAAGAGCAGAACCCCUUCAGUUGAGAAAAUAAAUGAAAGGUACAUUAUUAAGAAGGACAGAAUAGGAUCACUUGAAUGUGGGUCUCAUUGACUUAAAAUGUAAUGCCUUUUGCUUAUUUGGCGUCCCUUCUCUCUCAUUCAUCCCAGCUAUAGCUACCUGAGCAGCAUGCAGCUGUUGGGGUUGGAUGAGGGCCAGGAGGGGGAGGAGAGUACCUCAGACCCCGUCACAGCCAGGGGAGCCUACCUGUCACUCCUCUACCUUCGACACCUCAAGAUCAGGGAACUGCAGGUGAGCUUCAUCCAAAGAGACUUACAUGUGAUCGCUGCUGGAAUUGAACCGAUGACCUUGGCAUAGCUGGCGCCACACAAGUCCACAAGGGAGUUCAGGGUAGACUUUUAGACUGUUAGGGACCGCUAUCUAAACUCUUGUCGCUCCCACUGAACCCUGAGCUGUCCUCUCUCCCCCAGUGAGUCUCUCUUGGGAUGCUGAACUGCUAUCCAUGAUCUACUCUAUCAUCUUAUUUACUCUGCCAUUCCCUCUGGAGCCUGAGCUGUCCUACCCGUCCUCUCUCCCUUAUAGCGCAUCUCCCUAGGCAUUCUAAACUACCUGAGGUCUAUAGAGAGAACCCUGACCUUUGACACAGCUGGGAUGCAUGUGGAGGGAGGAGGAGCAUGUGGAGGAGGAGGAGGAGCAGGAGGACCAAGAGGAGGAGGAGCAGGAGAAGGAGGAAGAGCAGGAGGAGGAGGUGGAAGGAAAGCAGGAGGGGAAGCAGGAGGAGGAGGUUUGGUCAGCAGCACUGAGGAGUCAAGCUGGAUGAAUGCCAAGGGGUGCAGUGGGACAGUAGGAGGUCUGGGCUCUCACCUCUACAGCCACAACACUCCGGUUGACUACAAGGUAAGGCAUCGCAGGUACAGUACAGCCUGAGACAGUAAUGACAUCAGUGAUAUGUAGGGGUAGAGAAAAUAGGUGAGGAAACGCUGAUCACCGGUCGAGGUGAAUAAAAUAAUGCUCCUUAAACUUUCAACACAUUUUUCCUCAAAAGCAGUGUAAACACUCGCAUAAAAUAAAAAGGAUCAUAAAUGCCGUUUUUCGUGUGUUUACACUCCACUCUGAGACACUUUGUGAAUACGGGCCCAUGUGUGUGAGUUAAAGCCAAUGGAGUUCACUAGCACAGGCAGUUCUGUUGACCCUUGCAGCCUGAUCUGGGCAGUUUCAUUCCACAAAGUUGUUCCUCUUCUGGUUUGGAACUCCAUUGUUAUUGGUCUAUUAACUUAUACUGCCUGGUGAUGUCACGAGGCACGCCGAAGCUCCACCCAUGCAAAACCAGGUCCUGUGUAGAUUGUAUUUUCAAAUAGCAAUUAUCAGAAAAUGACACUGAUCACAUUUGUUUACAUUUUUUACAGUGCUAGUUUAAUCAGCUGUUGUACAAAAUUAUACAAAACACCGGAAAAAACAUAAAUUUGACUGCAAUGAAUUUUUAUACAGAAAGGUAUUAUGGUAGAGUCGAGGCACUAUUCAUAACAUAGAUUUGCAUGAGCUAGAUACACACACAUACAAUAAUGUUGUAUAGAAAAUAUUUAUAUUUUUUGUAUUACCAAUAGCAUAGUAAUGGUAAAUAGAUACUUUUUUAUAAAAAAAUCGAUUUCAACAUGAAAAAGCUAAAUGACAAAACAAUGAAGAAGACGGGAGGGGGUUACAACAGCAUACAAUUAAAAUACAAUCAGUUACCUACAUAAUACAGAUUGAAAACGGGUAAGCAAAACUAUACUGCUGUUUUCCUGUCCUGUACUUUCACUUCAGAAUCAGAUUAAUAGUCGAAUCAUGGUUACUGAGAUCUGUACUACACUACAGUCUACAGAAGUCUUCAAAAUCACUCAGAAUGCUCUCAUAAUCAUUCAUGUAUAUGUAUAUGCCUGCCUGUUUCAGGAACUUACGCAGCUUUAGGCCACGGAUGGCCCUGAGCAGACCCCUGGUGACGCGGUAGGUGUUGUCAGGGUCAAAACUCCGCCUGUCAUCGUCAUGCUGGGUCACAUAGACCUUAUCCACAGUCCCGUCUGGAUGCAGACUGAUGAUGAGGUGGUCCAUGUUGCUGUGGUCUUGGUCACCAGCAAAGUCUUUUCUGACAUACUGAGGAAGGCAAUUAGAUUCUUCCAGGUUCAGGUUGCCCACUAUAUAGUAUGGGAGCAGAAUAUUGCUGUAAAUUACAGAUAUACUUGCAUAUCUAGUUGUGGUCACAUUGUAGCAGUCCCACUCCGGUCUGUUCUGGAAGGGAUGGAAAUCAAAGCCCCCCUUGUUAGGGUUGUAUCUUGCAACCAUUUCACCCAUGAUGUCAAAGUUGAUGUAAUUCUUGGCGAACCAGAACAGGAGCUUGAGUCCAUGCCUGGGCAAGUGACGACCAAACCCAGAAUGUCUUCGGUUCGCCAAAGUGUUCAACGUACCUCGAACCAUGGUGGUACCCUUAAGAGAGAGCGAGAGAGAGAGAGAAAGAGAGAGAGAACUUUAGUAGGUGUGAUUGUGUGAAAUAAAAUCCCUUAAUAUGCUGACAUACCUUAUAGGCCCAGUGCAGUCAAAAUUGUGUUUUACCUGUGUUUUGUACAAUAUUGUACAACAGCUGAUGAAACUAACUCUGUAAACGUGGGAAAAAAAUGUGAUCAGUGUUAUUUCUGAAUAGUGGCUGGUUGAAAAUACAAUUUACACAGGACCUAAUCAGCAGGUUUUGCAUGGGUGGAGUUUUAGCUUGUUAAUACACCAAUAACAAAGAGAGUUCCAAAUCUCUGCCAAUAACAGCUCGUUUUCAGGUGAAAUAUCCCUCCCAUUAGGCACCUCCUCUUAGGUCCCUCACUCAGACAACUCCCAGACAGUCCUAGCAAAAUUCUUGUUUGAGAAAUAGUUUUUUGCAAAAACAAACAUUUGUUUCUUUUUGGCCAUUUUAAUGGAAACUAUUAACGUAAGUUACUUAAUUCUUACCCAGAAAUGAUUUGACAUUGUGAUAAAAAACGUCUUUAAAGAAAAUAUUAAACCGUGAUGUGUAAUAAAUAGAGGGCAAUCUCUUACAACGCUUUUAUGGUAGAAAAGGUUGCAUGGGUGUGAAAAAGAUGUUGAGUGGCUCUGUCCACACUGUGGGGCAUGGACACAUAACCCUUACAACAUGUCAGCUGUUCUUAACUAAUACUAACAUUGUACUAUCACAGCGUUCAACUUUGAAGAUACCAGGGAACGGUAAGCCAUGAUCUUUCCUCCUUGGGGGACUGCUUACAUUAAAACUAGAACUGACUGCAUUAGUGUUAAAGAGCAACUUUAAAAAGCAACAAAUCCCUUGGAAUGUGGCAUCGAUUUGAGUCAGAAACAGUUAUCCUAGUGUCAAAAUUGACGACAAAGUGUAAUUAGGAUAAUUUGGGCCAUAAAGUCAGUCUCAUCUACAACAGAGUUUGGAACACCCGUGCGUCACAACGGGUAAAUGAAGGUUGGGUUUUUAUUUGACGAUGUCCAUUUGCCCACUAACAUGGGGUGAACAGCUGCGGCGAUUGCUCUCUAUCCAAUAGCAUAGACAGUGAGACAGACCUGCCCAGCAGUUCCGACUUUGUUUACAUAAAAUAAAAUAUGUAUGAGACACAGAAAUAGGCUUCCGGGUCUCAUGAGGGACAAACAUCAUUAACCAAAUGCAGAAUCGGUCAGGAAACACACCUCUAAGACUGAAAUCUUGUUUUUCUAAUGAGCAACAGAAAAACAUACUGUUCAGUGGCUCUUUAAGUAUACAUCCCUGGUAUAGACAAACAAGAUCACACAAGCAAACACAUAACAAUUUUACAUUUACAGUAACUUACGGUAUGCUGGUGUUGUGGUGUUGCUCUUCUUCCUCUCCUCACAUUUAAAAGACCUGUAUGACAGCUAUUUUAUCUGUCUCACAGUGUUUAUGAGUGUGUGGUGUGAUACAGUUAUUUUCCAGACCCAUUUCCUUUCUUUGUGUGUGUGUGUGUGUGUUUGUUUGUGUUUGUGUGUGUGUGUUUGUGUUUGUGUGUGUGUGUGUGUGUGUGUGUCCUUGCUGUUGCCUAGUAAUAAGGAGGCAGGACUAACCACAAAGAGCCCAGAGUGUCCAGGAAAUGUAACUGAAAGUGACCCAGUCCUGGGCUGGACUGAGUUCCAUUCCACAAAGUUCCCUUCUUUCUGCCACAUAUUCAAAAAGUGUCUCUGAGCAAGAGUGCUGAUCUAGGACCAAUUGUAAUCAUCAUUAUCAUAAUGAAGAAGAUUACAUGGACAGUGGGGACCUGAUAUUAACUGGUCGAUGUUGUUUUGUGUCCAAAUGUCUUUCAUUUAACAAUUACUGAAACACAGCACAAUAGUAUUAUACAAACACAACACCCCCUACCCACUCCCCACAACUUCCAGACUUCUUGUGAACUAUCAAGUUUCAAGUUUUAUUAGUUGUAUGUACGGGAUGCGGAUGGUAUACACCGUCCAACGAAAUGUUUACUUGCAGGUUCCUUCUCAACAAUGCAACAACAAUAGAAAAUAAGAAAAUAUAAGAAUACGAACAUAAAGUACAGUGCCUUGCAAAGGUAUUCAUCCCCCUUGGCGUUUUUCCUAUUUUGUUGCGUUACAACCUGUAAUUUAAAUGGAUUUUUAUUUGGAUUUCAUGUAAUGGACAUACACAAAAUAGUCCAAAUUGGUGAAGUGAAAUGAAAAAAAUUACUUGAUUCAACAAAUUCUAAAAAAUAAAUAACGGAAAAGUGGUGCGUGCAUAUGUAUUCACCCCCCUUUUGCUACGAAGCCCCUGAAUAAGAUCUGGUGCAACCAAUUACCUUCAGAAGUCACAUAAUUAGUUAGAUUACACACAGGUGGACUAUAUUUAAGUGUCACAUGACCUGUCACAUGAUCUCAGUAUAUAUACAACUGUUCUGAAAGGCCCCAGAGUCUGCAACACCACUAAGCAAGGGGCACCACCAAGCAAGCGGCACCAUGAAGACCAAGGAACUCUCCAAACAGGUCAGGGACAAAGUUGUGGAGAAGUACAGAUCAGGGUUGGGUUAUAAAAAAAUAUCCGAAACUUUGAACAUCCCACGGAGCACCAUUAAAUCCAUUAUUAAAAAAUUGAAAGAAAAUGGCACCACAACAAACCUGCCAAGAGAGGGCCGCCCACCAAAUCUCACGGACCAGGCAAGGAGGGCAUUAAUCAGAGAGGCAACAAAGAGCCCAAAGAUAACCCUGAAGGAGCUGCAAAGCUCCACAGCGGAGAUUGGAGUACCUGUCCAUAGGACCACUUUAAGCCGUACACUCCACAGAGCUGGGCUUUAAGGAAGAGUGGCCAGAAAAAAAGCCAUUGCUUGAAGAAAAAAAUAAGCAAACAUGUUUGGUGUUCACCAAAAGGCAUGUAGGAGACUCCCCAAACAUAUGGAAGAAGGUACUCUUGUCAGAUGAGACUAAAAUUGAGCUUUUUGGCCAUCAAGUAAAAUGCUAUGUCUGGCGCAAACCCAACACCUCUCAUCACCCCAAGAACACCAUCCCCACAGUGAAGCAUGGUGGUGGCAGCAUCAUGCUGUGGGGAUGAUUUUCAUCGGCAGUAACUGGGAAACUGGUCAGAAUUGAAGGAAUGAUGGAUGGUGCUACAUACAGGGAAAUUCUUGAGGGAAACCUGUUUCAGUCUUCCAGAGAUUUGAGACUGGGACGGAGGUUCACCUUCCAGCAGGACAAUGACCCUAAACAUACUGCUAAAGCAACACUCAAGUGGUUUCAGGGGAAACAUUUAAAUGUCUUGGAAUGGCCUAGUCAAAGCCCAGACCUCAAUCCAAUUGAGAAUCUGUGGUAUGACAUAAAGUUUGCUGUACUCCAGCGGAACCCAUCCAACUUGAAGAAGCUGGAGCAGUUUUGCCUUGAAGAAUGGGCAAAAUUCCCAGGGGCUAGAUGUGCCAAGCUUAUAGAGACAUACCCCAAGACACUUGCAGCUGUAAUUGCUGCAAAAGGUGGCUCUACAAAGUAUUGACUUUGGGGGGGGGUGAAUAGUUAUGCAUGCUCAAGUUCUGUUUUUUUGUCUUAUUUCUUGUUUGUUUCACAAUAAAAAAUAUUUUGCAUCUUCAAAGUGGUAGGCAUGUUGUGUAAAUCAAAUGAUACAAACCCCCCAAAAAUAAAUUUUAAUUCCAGGGUGUAAGGCAACAAAAUAGGAAAAAUGCCAAGGGGGAUGAAUACUCAGUAGAAUAGAAUAAACAUUUUAGCGUAAGUAUUAUACAGCAAGGCACACAGUAUACACUCGUAGAAUUUUUUUUGCUAUCGAGAACAUAAAAGGGUUAUUCGGCUGUCCCCAUCGGAGAACCCUUUGAAUAACCCUUUUGAGUUUCAUGUAAAGUUCCCUUUACACAGAACCAAAAAAAAGAUCCAUGGGGACAGCCGAAGAACCCUUUUUCUAAGAGUGUCGUCCAAUAUUUACACGUGUUUUGGGGGGCAAGUGUUUAAUUGUGCAAUCAUAAUAAGAUUCUGGUAGAGAUGUACAUUUUAAAUCUUAGUCAUUUAGCAGACGCUCUCAUCCAGAGUGACUUACAGGAGCAAUUAGGGUUAAGGGCCUUGCUCAAGGGCACAUCGACAGAUUUUUUACCUAGUCAGCUUGGGGAUUCGAACCAGAAACCUUUCAUUUACUGGCCCAACGCUCUUAACCGCUAGGCUACCUGCCGCCAAUGUGUAGUAUGAAUGUGUUUGUGUGUGUGCGUGUGCGCCAGCGCGUACAUGAGUGAGUGCAUCUGUGCUAUGUCAAAGGUUCAUGAGGGAAUUGAUAUCUGUGUUACUGUGACUACAGGUUCACUGUUCAGAGUUCAUGGAGUACCCAGAGGUGGAGAAUCUUCAUGAUUUCUACACCACUGAGGAGAGAUAUGUCCACACCCAGGACCAGAGAGGGCUCUACGUGGUGUACGACGUGGCUCUGAAGGACCUGGAGGAGCUGGAAGACACACUGACUCUUCUGGGCUCACACUACAUCCAAAGGAGUAGUAGUAGGGCCAAGGGUCAGUCUGAUGGCAGCAGGGUCAAGGGUCAGUCUGAGAGGUCACACAGCUCUGCUACAGCAGACCUCCACUCUUCCUGGAGUCAGACAGAUGUGGAUAGAGUUGCAGUUCUCCUAGACCUGUGGACGUGUGAAGCUGCUUUUUUGGAGAGUAAAGUGCAGGUUAGUAAAUAUGCUGAACAGGGCCGUGUUCAUUAUGGCACGAAACAGAAAACAUAUUAAAAUGUUCUGAAACGGAAAACAAAAAUUCACAUUUCUCAUUGGACAAGUACAUGUAGUCCCUCCCUGUUUCAGUCUGUUUUCUUCUCCUUGAUGCCUAAUGAACACGACCCAGGUGAUAAUCAGUUGCUUUUCAAGUCCAGUAUAUUGCGUGUCAUUACUUGAAUCAUGCCCCCUCUGUUAAUUUCCAGCUGUUGAACUGCUACAUUGACGCCUACCAGCAUGUGACAGGACCAGAGGAGAGGUUCUCCUUGGCUCAGGUCAUCACAGACAUCAUGCACAGAAGGCCUCGGCUACACCUGGACAUGGGAGCAGAGUACUUUGUUCAGGCCUACCGGGCAGAGAUGGUCUGUAUGCAGACACACCAGCAACUCGUCAGAACCGUGCUGGACAACCAGGUCAUUGUUUGUGAAAAAUUGGGGCACAGCCUAGAGAGCUAUUGAUGCCAGUGUAGAUAGUUGAAUCACCACAGGUGUAUCUGGCUUGACGGACCAUGAAAAAACGAUUGGCUAUAGUUUAGCCCGUUAGUAAAGCUAAUAAAAGCUAUAGGUUUUGAAGUCGAAGAUGUAUUCACUUUCUCAUUCCAUGCGUUCUAAAGGUCUCUCUAACUGUGUUAUGUUGACUAUUAGAUAGAUCGUCAGCGGGAGUACCUCCAUCGGGUGUGGAGAGGAGGUCAGGGACAGGGAGCUACUCCUUGUGACUAUGGUCUUCCUCCUAACUAUGCGGCCAAACAUCUGGUGUCCCUCGGUGGUGGCAGGCAAGUCCUAGUUCUACCCAUAAAUUAUAGACUAAUUACAGUGUAAUGUGAUAUCACCUCAAAACAGACUAACAUGUUAAGCAGUAUAAAUAAAUAGUUAAUAUAAAUAUGUGUGCUCACACCCCUGCCUGUCUGUCCUCUGUUACCAGUCCUGCCCUGAUGAAUGUGUUCCUUUUGGAGGUGCACCACUCCCUAAGCCUGGCCUCUGAAAUGUACCAGGUCCUGACCAAGGCUCACACUGAGCUCUGCCAGCUCCACCGUGCCAGGGGGGUGACUGAGAGAGUCACCCUGGAACAGAGGCUCCUACAGCAGGCUCUGCAGCAUUGGCACUCCCUGGAUCCUCCCGGGGCCUACUAUAGCUCUCAAAUUCAAAAGGAUGUGAGUUGAGUAUCUCCCUCACAUUCUGCUGAUAUGCUGCACCUGCCACUUGAGAAGCUGUCAUUGUAAAAAAGUAUCUGUUCUUAAUUGACUCAACUGUGUAAAUAAAGCUAAACAAUUUUUUUUUACUCUCAAUCAAUAUUGUUCUGUGCAAUGACAAGCACCAAUCAGCAUUCAUUUUUUUUCUCUUAUUUUUUUUUCUCUUCAUCUCUUUCGCUCCAGUUGUUUUCAGAUGUGUUCAUGGAGGACCCAUCCCUGGUCCGAGCGGUGGGGGUUUCUCUGAUCAGGUCGGCUGAGGAGCAUGGCAUGAAGCAGGGAAAGGAGAAACAGUUCUUUGCUGUGGAAACUUUCUCCAAGCUGCUGGAGAUAGUCACCAUCCGCCAUCGCCUCAUGGAGUCAGCAGCAGAGACUGCACAUCUGGCACAGUUGAGUUGAUUCUUCCUAUAUUUAUUGUAGUUGUUUACCUAUUUCAGGGGUUUUCAAACUGGGGUCUGUGUCUUUUAUACAGGUGCACCUCCAAAAAGCACUCCCCCCCCAGUGGUCCGCGGAGGUACUUCAGGGGGUCUGCGAUUUGUAUUUUAUUAUUAUUAUUUUAUGAAUACCAUCGUGGAUACCAUUUUUAUGUAUCUGCGUCCAGUAUGAAGGAAGUUAAAGGUAGUUUCAUGAGCCAAUGCUAACUAGCUUUAGUGCAAUGACUGGAAGACUACAGGAACAGUUAGCAUGCUAGAUAUUCUUGUUCAUCUGACUUUGGGGAAGUAGAUAAAGGGCUUCAUUGCCCAAAUCUGAAACUAUCCCUUUAAUAUGGAGGAAAUUAGUCAUUAGAACUAAUUAAAGUUUUUUUUUCUGUAUUUAAAAUUCUUAGGUGAGCCAUCUAAGUGGUCACUUUCGGGAUGGAAAAACUGUUUCAGUGUCAACUUAAAUGACCAGAAAGCAUGCAGAAAAGAUAUUGAACUAUAUAUAUAUUUUAAAUAAUACGAUCUUUGAGAACUAACAACCAAAGAAAAGCUAGACAGUCAUGGAGAAUAACAUAAAAAAAGAGGGUAUUUAAAGCAACAUGCCCAUUGAUUUUGUUAUAACGUUUGAGCAGAGAAACACUGCAUUAGCCAUGGCAAAAUGCAAAGAAUUGCAGGAAAUUUGCUUUAAAACUACAUUACGCUGAGAUCCCCAUCACUGUAUUUGCAGGCUUUGAGUUAAGUGUUACUAAAUGUGUUUAUAUGAUAUAAAACAUUAAAUGUCCCUUCUGUAGUGUUCAUAUUAUGGUCUGGCUCUCCUAGGUUAUACAAAACACAAGCUCUGGAGCUGGGCUUUGAUGAGUUCCACCUGUAUGUGCGUCCGGUGCAGUUUGAGUUUGCUGUCCAGAGAGACACGGCAGAUCAUAGACCUCUGUUUGUUACGGCGCUACUGCAGGACGACAGCUUGAUGGACAGGUACCCUCCCUACCCUGUGUUGGGUCUUUUUUCAGUAGGGGUGGGUAUUUUUUCAGUGGACCAUACGGAGCUAUGGUACCGAGUGGUCCCCAAGAUCAGACCAUAGGUUAAAAUAGUAAAUCUUUCUAGACUAUAAAGAUUAGAAUAUAGCCAAUUAUAAAGACGUGGUAAAUCUUUCUAGACUAUAAAGAUUAAAAUAUAGUUAAUUAUAAAGACAGAGUGUGGUACGGAAUGGUACGGAGGAUGAGGCAAUAGGACUAAGUGGUGUGGAGUGUGGUACCGAGUGAUACACAAGGAGGGAGUCUAAGCCAGAGUCAGGAGAUGGCUCUUGAUUGAUUAUACUGUUAUGUAUGAGGUAAUGCAUUAGGAAAGUCUUAAAUGUAUGUGGUUUAGAAUGGGUUAUGGAUCUGCUAUGUUUAAACCAUAUUUAAGUAUCGAUUGAUAUGUUUUGGAAUAAACGGAGCAUAGCCAGGUGGUGGCUCUGUUAUUUUUUACAUGAGAAAGUUUGGUUUGGCCACCAUUGUAUCCAAGCUAAAUAAAUAUAGGAGGAGAUGUCAGAUUUCGCCACUAUCAUAAAUUAGUGGGCGGAGCGGUCAAAAUAUGAAAGUUUGGAGACAAUGGUGGAGAAACUGAUCUGGGUGUGUUUUAAGCUAAAAGUAUGUAAAAUGAGCAGGAAUGGACAUUGUAUGUAAACUGAGGGCCAAGUGUUGUGAGUUAGUUGCUCUGCAGACCAGCUCGGCGUUUGUUGCUCUAUGUAAUAAAGUUUAUCUUGAUUCUACAAAAACUCUGGAAGAACUUAGAUUUUUAAUAAGUAUAGUGAUAAUUAUCCACGACACCUGUUACUCUACUAACAUAGAUAGAUGUGCAGCUACAUUAUUUUUCUUUCUAAGUAAAUUGUAUGAUAUCUACAGUAAAUCAUAUUUAGGGGUUCAAGCAAAGCUGUGAAAUCUAUUGCUAUUCUUAUUUAUUUUUUUAUUCCCUUGACAUGGUCAAAUAAGUCCAAAUAACACCAAAUUCGCUAUGAAGGCCCAUGGUACAUUAACUUAGUUUGAGAAAAGCUAAGGGAUUGGUUAAGAGAUGGCUGAGUUACGUGUCCAUUUAAAUACUUUGUAAAUCCACUUGACAAUGGCCUAUCAACUUGAAACUUUUUAGGGUCAUCAAAGACAUUACCAUGAUGAACCAUGUUAAGUUUGCCAUUGAUAUCUUAAAAAAUAAGGAAACUAUUAACAAUUCACUUUCUUUUUUACAAUGUAACGCUAAUGCUUAAAAUAAUCAUAAAAAAUAUUAUUCUCAUGGACUAAAAGUCAUAUUCACUCCAAAUUUGGUCUUUGGACUCAUCACAAUAGUCCCUAAAGAGUUUGAGAAAAUAACGCUGAUGUAUUCAGAUACAGUGAGGGAAAAAAGUAUUUGAUCCCCUGCUGAUUUUGUACAUUUGCCCACUGACAAAGAAAUGAUCAGUCUAUAAUUUGAAUGGUAGGUUUAUUUGAACAGUGAGAGACAGAAUAACAACAACAAAAUCCAGAAAAACACAUGUCAAAAAUGUUAUAAAUUGAUUUGCAUUUUAAUGAGGGAAAUAAGUAUUUGACCCCCUCUCAAUCAGAAGGAUUUCUGGCUCCCAGGUGUCUUUUUAUACAGGUAACGAGCUGAGAUUAGGAGCACACUCUUAAAGGGAGUGCUCCUAAGCUCAGCUUGUUACCUGUAUAAAAGACACCUGUCCACAGAAGCAAUCAAUCAAUCAGAUUCCAAACUCUCCACCAUGGCCAAGAUCAAAGAGCUCUCCAAGGAUGUCAGGGACAAGAUUGUAGACCUACACAAAGCUGGAAUGGGCUACCAGACCAUCGCCAAGCAGCUUGGUGAGACGGUGACAACAGUUGGUGUGAUUAUUCGCAAAUGGAAGAAACAGAAAAUAACUGUCAAUCUCCCUCGGACUGGGGCUCCAUGCAAGAUCUCACCUCGUAGAGUUGUAAUGAUCAUGAGAACGGUGAGGAAUCAGCCCAGAACUACACGGGAGGAUCUUGUCAAUGAUCUCAAGGCAGCUGGGACCAAAGUCACCAAGAAAACAAUUGGUAACACACUACGCCGUGAAGGACUGAAAUCCUGAAGCGCCCGCAAGGUCCCCCUGCUCAAGAAAGCACAUAUACAUGCCCGUCUGAAGUUUGCCAAUGAACAUCUGAAUGAUUCAGAGGAGAACUGGGUAAAAGUGUUGUGGUCAGAUGAGACCAAAAUUGAGUUCUUUGGCAUCAACUCAACUCGCCGUGUUUGGAGGAGGAGGAAUGCUGCCUAUGACCCCAAGAACACCAUCCCCACCGUCAAACAUGGAGGUGGAAACAUUAUGCUUUGGGGGUGUUUUUCUGCUAAGGGGACAGGACAACUUCACUGCAUCAAAGGGACGAUGGACAGGGCCAUGUACCGUCAAAUCUUGGGUGAGAACCUCCUUCCCUCAGCCAGGGCAUUGAAAAUGGGUUGUGGAUGGGUAUUCCAGCAUGACAAUGACCCAAAACACACGGCCAAGGUAACAAAGGAGUGGCUCAAGAAGAAGCACAUUAAGGUCCUGGAGUGGCCUAGCCAGUCUCCAGACCUUAAUCCCAUAGAAAAUCUGUGGAGGGAGCUGAAGGUUCGAGUUGCCAAACGUCAGCCUCGAAACCUUAAUGACUUGGAGAAGAUCUGCAAAGAGGAGUGGGACAAAAUCCCUCCUGGGAUGUGUGCAAACCUGGUGGCCAACUACAAGAAAUGUCUGACCUCUGUGAUUGCCAACAAGGGUUUUGCCACCAAGUACUAAGUCAUGUUUUGCAUAGUGGUCAAAUACUUAAUACUUCAAAAUUCUUCUUCUCAUGAACCAUAGACCAAAUGACACCACAUUCUGAAUGUAGGCAAUGGUACAUGUCUUAACUUAGUUAGAGAAAAGCUAAGGGAUUGGUCAAAAGAUGGCUGAGGUAUUAAAAUUCACUCCAGAUAUUGUAUUUAGACUCAUGAGUUUCUACAUGAUAGAGUGCUUGCUGUGUUAUCCAACUGAUCUUGUGUCCUUUCUGUCAUCCUGUGAACCCCGUUCAUUGCUGCUCGCAGCUAUAUUCAUAUGUUUGUUAUUCCCUACUCCUGUAGGUACACUCCAUCUAAGUUUCCACUGAGCAUCCAGGAGCUUGAUGAGAACCAGAUUGGAAAAUUCAGCUUCUACUCUGAAGAGGCAGUAGUGGAUGUAAGGUCAACUGAGACUUUGGGCCUGAUUCAGAUUUGAGAUAAGAGGGCACAACUUUUGUGUAAAUCAAUGUCAAGACAGAAUCCUGCCCUUUAUGAAGAGAUAUUAUAGCUAUUACCCAUUAUGAUUCACACUUGAUCUUAUAGGUGUCACCUCAGUCCCUGUCUUCUCUCUACCUCUCCCCAGCUCAUGAACAGGUCAGCCAUAGAAAACCUACAGGUGACACUAGCCUGUCAGGUGACUCAGAAGAACGCUCUGAUUGGUGCAGUGAAGCAGGCGUGUCUAUGUUAUUGGUCAGAGACUUUCACAGGCUCUCCAGAGGUACCAUACAUCAAUACACAUACUUUAAUCCAGUGGCCGGUUUGCUGGGAUCAAAUGACCUCUCUCGCUCUCUCUCUCUUUGAUUUAGGAGGAUCUUAGUUCUAGUGGCGACGCAAACUCCUUAGCUAAGCAGGGUCACAAAGUUCACAAAGAUACAAGUGAACCAAAGAGAACUGGUGCAGGAACCAAGGAGAGGUGAGUUGGAGGGUCAAUGAUGGCCAUGUUUUAUAAAUAUCAAUAUUAUUACAGUUAAAUAUAAUUAUUAUGUUAUUUGAUUUGACUGUUGUGUUUAUUCAGGCUGACUGAGGCGUUUGUCUCCAUCCAGCUGGAGAAAGUGGGUCCACGAGAUGAGAUGUUGAACUCUUUCAUAAAGAGGAGACAGAUCAUGGGUGUUGUGAUGAUGAACCCUGUAAGUGAAAUGUCAUAGAGGUCAGAGGGGGCAGGGGCUAUGUUGGAUCUCAGAUAUUACUGUUUGCUUGUUUGAUUGUUUACCUUCAUGACACUUCUCUUUCACCGCAGGAUGAAGUAGCGAAAAUCAAGAGGGGGCUGAUUAUUGAGUUCUGUCGAAAGUAUGUACAUCAUCUUUAGUAGAAGUUGACGAUCAUGAUCGCCAUGUUCAGACAUGCUAAAGUGAAGCAUCCUAGCAUGACACAUUUGGAAGUGUUUAUUCACAGGAGACCCGAUUGUUUCAUCACAUUUUGGGGACUUAUUUACCUGUAGUCAAACAAGCUUUCCUCCAGGUGUACCUGUAACAUGUUUUCUGUGUCUGUCUGUCAACCUUUUCCUAGAUUCAGUGUGCGUAUGUCCCAGUGUUUUGUGAGAGGGCAGAUUAUAGGCCUGUACCACAGCUUGACCACAUUAUUGGACGAGCUGCCAGACAUCCGCCAGUCCCACUUCCUGAUUGGCCAGGACCAUGAGUUGAAAAGCGAUAUGGACUCAGGACUAGGCGUUCGCCCUGACCCCAGGUAAGACCAGUGUGAGAGAGCAUUUAAUAGCAUCACAUUUGGGGAUGUAGUGGUAAAUAGGUGGGUAAACAUCCACUACAUCAAUGAUCAUAUAAGAAUACUUACUUUAGAAAACCUUGCAUAUGCUGACAGAAAGAAUAUUUGAGGAGUGUAAAGACACCCUGUGGUAGUGUAUUUGCUGAGUGACUCUGCUGUUGGAGGUCAAAGGUUAUUUUUGUUCCACUUGGUUGGACAGGAAGUUCCAGCGUCGUCCCAGGCGCCUGCUGUCAGCUGACGGCAGAAUGUUCCUCAACCUGUGGUUCAUCCCCCACUACACAGAGGUUCUCCUCAUGUUCAGAACCCUGGAGGACUCGGUGAGAGGUUCUAACCUGUUUUACAUUAUAUCACCCUACAGAUGGACACAGACGCAGACACAGACUCAUGCAUGGAGUAGUGGAUUGAAAUUUGAUUUUGUGAUAUCAGUAAAAAACAAAACCAUGGCCUUGCUACGUCUGUGUCUAUCUUUCCUGUAUGCAAAUGCAAACUAAAUCCAGAACAACAGAAUGUUUCUAGGACUCUAGAGCAGGGUUUCCUAACUGGCAGUUUUAUUUGGCCCCCCAAGUUUUCUGAGGAUUUUUUAUUUUCUUAUUUGACUUUUUUUUGUUGGACAUAAAAGGCUGUAAAAACACCAGGAAAUCAACUCCAAGUGAUUUUAAUUUAGGAAAUCUAUUCCCAAGUAUUCCCACUCAUAAUAGAGAGACGUGAUCGAAUACAAAUGUAAGCAAGGUUUGAAAUUAUUAUCUUUUAGUUAAAUAUUAUAUCUGUUUGGGCGGCUUCUUGCGGUCAAUUUGCGGUCUACAAAUUAUUUGUACUUAUGUUCCGGCCCCCCUACCAUCGACAAAAAAAGAAAUCGGCCUUUGGCUGAAUGUAGUUGAUGAUCCCUGUAUAGAGCAUGUUGAUAGCUAUCUUUAUUUUGAUUUUGUUUACUUUUGUUGUAUUACAGGCAUGUAGCCGGGCUCUUCACCAUAGUCUGGAGAUAGUGUCUGCCCUGCAUGACAUCAUCUAUUACCUGGUCAGUUUCGCUCGACUUGGGAACCCCGGAGUCUUCAGCUCCAGGAGAGGAGGAGGAGCAGGAGGAGGAGGAGCAGGAGGAGGAGAGCUUACAGCUGACUGGGGCGGCACUGAAGGCAUCGGUAUGCAUCAGUUAUAAGAGACCUGUGGUUCCAAUGGCUCAGUGGGUUAAAUCAUGGUGCAGGAUUGUGAGUUUGUUUUCCGCAUUGGAACACAUAUACUAUCUGUGUCACUGUCAAUGUUGACAGUUCUGUAAGUCCCGUUGGAUGAAAGCAUCUGCUAAAUGACCAUGUUAUUAUUGUUAAGGUGCGGAGCUGUGGGAGGUCCAGAGACAGGUCGACUCUCUGUGUGACCCUGGUAGCCCUGAGGCUGUGGGUCGGCUGCUGCAACUACGGAGACACGUGCUCUUCUUGCAGUAUGACACCGCUGUGAGGCACCUCAUCAGGUGAGUGGAGAGAGGUAGAAGGGGUUGAUAUAUGCCAUCAGUGAGUAGGUUUAGAUAAAUGUAAUGGAGUAUGAGGGUUCCUAGCAUAAGAACCAGACCUUGGUCAAAUACAUUAUGUGUCAACAACUUUCAAAUGCUUGAGCUUGAUUUAGCUUAAUCAGUUCAAUGGGACCAAUGGAAACCAAAAGUGAAAACACAAAGGAUUUGAUAUGGAUUUGACCCAUCUCUCUCUCUCUCUCUCUCUCUCUCUCUCUCGCUCGCGCUCGCUCUCGCUCUCUCUCAGAGAGGCGUUUCUCUCCUCUGGUAACAUCGUAGCCUAUCAGAGCGUGAGUGACAACAUGGGACACGCCCUCCCUGCGCUGAGUGACAGCGUCAGAACCAAUCACAGUUCUCUACUGUCUUUGCCAGAACCAAUGGAGCCUCACUGCCCCCGGGUUGGUAAUAAAGUUUACAUUUAUAAAGCCCAGACAGUGUUUGUGUUACUAUCCAGAGUAAAUGGGAAACACAGUAUAGUUAAUUCUACUUUUAAUAGUUUUCCACUGCUCAGGCAGGGUUGUACUCUUAGACAAUUGUGAGGUCAUCAUGUAUUUGUGCUCUCUAGGCUCAAAGGAUGUACCCAUGGAGAAGUUUUCUGGCGUGUCAUGGAUUGCACCCUGUAGACAUUUGGGGCAUCCCACCCAUUGAGUACUGCAUGCAGGUAGACCUCUACUCUCCUUUAUGAUAUUUAUUGUUUUUCUUUUCUUACCAGCAACUGAUUUUGCAGAUAGAGGCUACUAGAAAUGAUAGUGAUUGUUUUAUCUAUUUUGGUUGAAUGCAUUAUAAGCUGCUGUGGAUAAGAGUAUCUACGAUGCUAAAUUACUAUAUUGAGGAUGUUAAUGGUCUUAUGCUGCUUGUAUCCAGCUGUGUCUGAGUGGGCUGGGUGACCACAGCAGGAUGGAGGCCAAUGGAGCGAUCCUGGGCAUGUCUCUACUAAUGGAGGAUGUCCUGAACAGCGGAGGGAGGGGGGCAGCACCGCUACGUCUCCAUGACAACAAGGUGGAGGUCUCACGUGGAAAGCCUGAGGAAGUAUGUUUACAUACGUGUUGUAAUAUAUUUUCUUGGGGUGUGUUAAAAUAUAUGGGUUACUAGGUUUACAUAAUUGCAUUCAAAACACAUGUAGGGCCUAAAGAUUUAUGUAAACAUAUAUUUACCACCAGAAAAACACGUUUUUUGCACUGGCUUACAGCAUUGUGUCUUAAUACCAGGAGGAUGGUAGCAGUAUGGAUGACAGUGUUGAUGACGAAGGUGAUGAAGAAGAGAAGGGGUUCUCCUCUGGUCCCCUCCAGGACCCUCUCCAGGUGCUGUCUGUGUUGAAGGGGUUCCUGCUUCUAACCAAACAGCUGGAGGUGUUUAAGGAGAGCUGGGGAAGGAGACAGCUAGGGGUGGAACAGAUCAAUACCAUGAAGAUCCACAGGCACUUCUCAAGACUCUACAGGUUAGUUAGUAUUUAUUGCCCAUGAACAAGUUUUUACUUUAUGUAAUAUUCUGACAUACCAUGCAAUACAUAUUUCUUGCAUAUUUCUUAAUUCCAUUAUUUUACUUUUAGAUUUGUGUGUAUUGUUGCGGAUUGUUAGAUACUACUGCACUGUUGGAGCUAGGAACACAAGCAUUUCGCUACACCCGCAAAAACAUCUGCUAAAUAUGUGUAUGUGACCAGUAAAAUGUGAUUUGAUUUGAAUACGGGGGGGGGGGGGGGGGGGGGGGUGAUAUCAAGGUUUGUGAAUAGUGAUGGGCAAACAACAGAGACAUUAACAAGGUUUCAUAUAUAAUUGAUUGUUCCUUGAUUGUUUAUCAAAAUCAAGUCAUUUUAAUCCUGACUGUAAGAUUAUGUGGUCUCAUCGUUAAUAUAUAUCUCAGUGGUUCUCAUGCUUCUACAUUUCAGAGCAGACAUCGAGUACCCCAGUAUGAGAGCCCUGGCUCAACAGAUGGGUAAACAGAAGGACUUUGAGGCUCUGCUGUCUGACAACCAGCCUCUACUGCCUCCUGCAGGAGCCUCCGAAGUUCACAUCAAGACAUGCCAAGUACUGUACUACUGCAGCACACCAUGAUAGCUCACUCACACACCUGACCUCUAUUGGAAUUUUUUAACACAGUUUAGUUUAGGUAGAGCGUAGAUGUACACUGAGUGUACAAAACAUUAAGAACACCUUCCUAAUAUUGAGUUGCGGCCCCCUCUUUUGGCCUCAGAACAGCCUCAAUUUGUCAGGGCAUGGACUCUACAAGGUGUCGAAAGCGUUCCACAGGGAUGCUGGCCCAUGUUGACUCCAAUGCUCUCCACAGUUGUGUCAAGUUGGCUGGAUGUCCUUUGGGUGGUCUCGUCUGGCUCAGUUGGUAGAGCAUGGCGCUUGUAAAGCCAGGGUUGUGGGUUCGAUUCCCACGGGGGACCAGUAUGAAAGAAGUAUGAAAAUGUAUGAACUCACUUCUGUAAGUCGCUCUGGAUAAGAGCGUCUGCUAAAUGACUAAAAUGUAAAAAUAGGUGGUGGUCCAUUCUUGAUACACAUAUGGGAAAACUGUUGAAUGUGAAGAACCCAGCGGCAUUGCAGUUCUUGACACAAACUGGUGCGCCUGGCACCUACUAUCAUACCCCGUUCGAAGGCACUUAAAUCAUUUGUCUUGCCCAUUCACUUUCUGAAUGGCACACAUAAACAAUCCAUGUCUCAAGGCUUACAAAUCCUUCUUUAACCUGUCUCCUCCCUUCAUCUACACUGAUUGAAGUGGAUUUAACAGGUGACAUCAAUAAGGGAUCAUAGCUUUCACCUGGAUUCACCUGGUCAGUCUGUCAUAGAAAGAGCAGGUGUUCCUUAUGUUUUGUACACUCAGUGUAUGUGAUCCAACUGUUAACUUGAGUGUUUUAUAAAUGUACACACAUAAUGUCUGAGGGACAUAAAAGGCACUGUAUUCGUGAAACAACCCAUAUACCGUAGUAGCCUGGGAUCCAAACUGAAUCCACGCUUCGUUUCACUUCAAGAAAUAAAGCCUUGAUUCAGGUUGAUUCUACCUUUUUGUCGUUCGUGAUGUUGUCUGUGCCUAACCAUGUUUGUACCAUGCUUGUGCUGCUGCCAUGUUGUGCUGCUGCCAUGUUGCGUUGCUACCAUGUUGUGUUGUCAUGUUGUGUUGCUGCCAUGUUGUGUUGUUGUCAUGUUGUGUUACUACUAUGUUGUUGUCAUGUUGUGUUGCUGCCAUGUUGUGUUGUUGUCUUAGGUCUCUCUUUAUGUCGUGUUGUGGUGUCUCUCUUGUCGGGAUGUGUGUUAGGUCCUAUAUUUGUACUUGGAAUCCCAGCCCCCUUCCCCACAGGAGGCCUUUUGCCUCUUGGUAGGCCGUCAUUGUAAAUAAGUAUUGGUUCUUAUUUAACUUCCCUUGUUAAAUAAAGGUUAAAUAAAAAAUAUAUAAAUAAAAGGUUGGAGCCCAGACUAGUCGAGUAGUGCAACAGACUGAGGAAUAGGUUAUAAAUUGUGUAAUGAAGAUGAGGAUUAACAUGAACAUUGGUUUCUCUGUUGACUCUAUGCAUAGUGGCUCAAUCCGUUUCUACAGACUGAGCAAUAGGUUCUAUCUGUAAUAUGGUGGACAAGAUGAUGAGGAACAUCUCUUUGAAUCUGUGCAUGGUGUCUCAGUUGCUCAGGCUGCUGGAGAGUACAGAGUGUGAUAUGAUCCGAGCGGUACAGAGGAGGAUCACCAGAGAGCUGACCCUGGUGAUUUCAGAGCGGGCACGCCAAGACACAGGCCUCCCCACAGGUACACUACUCACCUCUCACAAAGACAGUAACCAAUGUUGGACCUGGGUUUCUGUUGUUGUUCAUUUAAAAAUUGGAAUAUGUUUACAUUUGACGUUUCUAACAUUUUACUGUUACAUCAUAAACAGAUUUAACACCUACGAGUAUGAGUCAACAGACUCUAGCUGUAAUGGUUGACUUAUCACUGUUAUGACUGUUCUCCAGAGUUGUGGAAGCAAGGCCCCAUGAAGCACAGUCUGUCCCCAGAGAGACCUCAGAUAGUGGAGAACUUCACCCAGCAGCUAAUGGAGUGUGCUGAGCAGACAGAGGAGGGACAGGUGAGAAACCCAACACAGAAUGGAUGGACAGGCAAGACAAUAGCCCUAAAACAGUGGGUAGCAGUCUGGUCCUUUUUCUCAGUAAUAAAAAAGUGUCAGUCACAGGUGCGUAGGUUUCAAGCACAAAGAACAUGAGAACAGUUUAAUGACAAUAUAUAUGUUAUACAUCUUCUGCCAGCUGACCUUCCCCACGGCCCACCUCCAGCGGUGUCUGUCCACUCUGGGCUGUUCUGUGAUGGAGAGAGAACGCAGUAGCUUCCUCCUCUACUCCCAGUUCUAUGAACAGAUCCUACAGCAGGAGAGCCAGCUGCUCUACCGCAGAGAACAGGUAUCCUACUCUACUGUACUUCAGCACCUCUUCAAAGCGCAUAAGAUGUGUGUCAAGAUAUGCAAUACCUUUUUUCAUUGGUAAUACAAUAUAUGUGUGAAUGACUGGGAUUAGAAUCCUCUGGGAGCUAACGCUAUUCUUCCGGUGUCAGGCAAGGUUAGUUAUCACGUGAGCAGGGUUCCAAACCAUUUGAUUCUGGGGCUUUAUACCAUGUAUUUGCUAAACAGCACACAAACGUAUCUUUAAGUUCUUGCUCUUGACAUUUCAAUAUUUGUCCUGCAGGAUGUGAAGAACCUUGAGGAGUCCCAGACCAUCAACCCUUACAGCGAGGUCAGUGGGCUCUGUCGUGGGAUGAUGUUGCAGACCACAGCCCUGCAUACCCGGAUCACCCAACUGGAGGAGGAACAGAGAGGUCUGGAGCAGCAGAUCAGCCUCAAAUACAGACAAUGCUAUGACUCCCUGGUCCGACAUCUUUUCUCCACCUGCAUUCAACUGAAGGUACGAAACGUUUUUAAAACCUCUCUUUUUAACAUAACGGUAACUAUCUAAAGCCUGAAGGUAUAAUGCAUUAUGAUGUGGUUAGAAUGCGUUAUAAGACUUGUCAUAAGCAUGUAUGAGCCACUUACAGUGUCUUAGUAUCAUCUCAUAAUGAUCCUGACUAACUUUGUUCCACAAUAACAACACUGGUUAAUGUGGAAGUACUUUUGACCACAUUACUGCCAUGCUAAAAGCACCAUAACUCUCUUGUCUUUUUACUUGAUUGUUUACUUGUAUGGAUCACAGGCCAGGAUUGAUGAGUACCAUGUGCGAAUGGACCAGGAUGUUACUCAGCUGGUGAGCAAAGUGAGGAGAGAGGGAGUGGAUAACAUCAUCAAGCUGAAGAAGUUUGGCUCCACUAAAGGCAAUGAAGCUCUUCUUACGACACAGUCGGAGGUGAGAUGAUUGGGCCAAAGUUGUUUUCAAAGCAAGUGACUGAAUUGUGACUCAGCUGUUUGCAUAUUGCAUUCAUGACUAACAGUUAUUCUCUUCCAUAAUCUUUCUUCUUCUUCUGCUCCUCCUCCUUCCUCCAUCAGAAGCAGGAGCUCCACGACCUGAGCGUGGAGAACAGUCAGCUGACUGGCCUGCUGUCUAAGGUGAAGGCACUGGGCCACUGGAGACAGGUGGUUGGACAGGGCAAGCUGCACCGUAGAUUGCUCCACAGCCAGCAGGUACGGUUAGGAUGAUCGGAAAGGAGUGUCCCCAAAAUCACACAAGUGUAUUGACUUGCAAGGACCGUGACAUGCGGUUCUUUUAUUAGUUUACCUACUUAAGUUGAAUGCACAGAUGUUAAUCUAAAUUACUCAAAUAUAAAUACAAAUGUACACAGUCAUAUGGAUUGCACCAGAUUGGCUGUAGCUUUUCAUGUUUCUUGCUGACGUUUUGUGCGACUGUGACUUGUGUCUAGAGGGAGAUGUCCUGUCAGAGGGAGGCCCUGAGAAUGAAGAUGAUGUCAGAGGAUGAAGUGAUCGUACUGAAGCAGGAACUGGAGGUCACUCAGAGGGCCAUGACACAGUGUCAGAUGGAUUACAACCGCACCAAGAGACUGCUCACCAAACAGGUAGCUAGCUAUAUCCUCACCCUGAAUCAUUCAUAUCAAUUUCUUUUUGCAACGUUACAGAAAGAAAUCAGUGUAAAUUAAUCUUUACAUUUUCUUCUCAUUUUAUGUAAUUGUAAAUAGUGUGAUAUUUUCUGUCAUAUCUGAUUUAAUAACCACAUCUAAAGAUAUUUGCCUGUCUGGUCUGACAGUAGAGUGAUUUUUAUUCCAUGACAUUAUGUCCACAGAGCGCAGAGCUCCAUGAGGUGAGGCAUCGCUCUGCUCAGGAGGCCCAGAGCAGACAGGAGCUGGACAGCUACCGCCUGCAGAAACUGGAGCAGCUGAAAGAGGGUGUGGGGGACAGAGACAGACAGCUCCGAGAUCUCAGUAUUCAGCUGGACAGGAGCAGCAGGGAGAGACAGCUACUGAGACAACGCAGUGCCAAAGACAUCAGACAGGUGGCACUCAUUCUCAUCCCUGCAGUACAAACACACCAACACAACAUAUAACAUUAUGUAGUAUUACUAAAACGGACAUCAUCCAGCUUGAAGGACCAUAAAACAGAGUUGGAUAAUAAUUAUAUUGUAUGUGUCCAGUAGGUAUAAACUUAGGGCCCAGCCUUUCCUGGUCAGAUCAUAUGGUCAGGACAAACUCCUGGCCCGGGGAAUAACUUAUCUAAAUGUGCAUCUUCUCUGAUGAAGGGUGCACAUGUAUCUCUAUAUUACAGACAGAGCAAGUUUAGAUCCUUGGUGUAACAGUAAUGGACAUUAACCCAGGCACCCACUGUGGUUUUAGGUGAAGGGCCAGCUUCAUCAGGAACGCAGCCUCAAACAGAAGGCUUUCCAGAGGGUGGACAAGCUGCAGAGCCAGGUGGAGGACGUUGAGACGGCUCUCUCCAGGUGUACCUCCACACCAGGUAAUGGCUAAGCUUCACUCUGUUCCACACAGCAGUAACUCACUAUGCAGUUCUGGAGUAGUGUAUGCGCCAAGUAACUUGCAGGUGUAGGGUACAAAAAGUAACAGUUUAAUUCAUAACUCACUAUGAUUCAGCCUGUUUUGCCUGUGCUCUCUCACAGGGCGAAGCAAGACAUCCUGUUACACUUUCCUUCACAACAGAUCCAGCAUCAGAAAUCCAGAACACGCUGGCCCACAGCAGGACGAUAGCAAGAGGGAUUCUACCACCCAGCUGGAGAGACCCAAAACAGUGAGUAUCUCUUCUUGCCAUAUUACAGCCUUGUAACCAGUGAACUUUGAGUUGCUUCAUUUUCUAAUAGAAAUGUAUCAUUUGUGGUGUGUGUGUUGUCAGGACCCAUCUCGCCUGCGUAUCCUCACCACUGAGGCCCUGCUACCAAACCUCACUGAUGGAGGCCCAGCCUCCUCCAGUCUCCUCACACACCUUCAGCAGCUGAGACUCAACCAUCAGUAG